GAGAAUCGGAUUGCAUCUACAGUGUAGUUCAAACCUUUGUGCGAGCGGGAAGGUCUCUUGUUCUUCACUUUGAAUAGGAAACACAAGUUUUAGUUUUUAAGAAGAGGAAGUGAACGCAGCCGUCGAAAAUGACUGGGCCUUCAGAAUCUCAAGAAAAUUUGGUAGAGAAGGGUAGCGAACACCGGCAGUCAGUAUGGUCCCUGCAAGUUCCUCAAGACAUAAUUUUAUCCCAAACCGAGAAGCAAUUUCUGCUGGUUGUCGAAAGAGGAGAUUGUGCGUCUGUUCGAAAAAUGAUAGAAGAAAAUGUAGACAACAGUGACUUCGACAUAAACUGCAUUGAUCCUCUGAACCGCUCCGCCCUAGUUUCGGCGAUCGAAAACGAGAACAUAGACUUGAUUCACAUCCUACUUGAAAAAGGCAUCAAAGUGAAGGACGCUCUGCUGCACGCGAUUAAAGAAGAGUACGUGGAGGCGGUGGAGGUACUUUUGCAGUGGGAGGAGCAGAAUCACAAACCCGGAGAUCUUUACAGCUGGGAGUCAGUGGACAGGGCCCAGUCGACUUUCACGAAUGACAUCACGCCGCUGAUGCUGGCGGCGCACUACAACAACUACGAGAUCAUCAAAAUUCUGCUGGACAGGGGGGCGACGCUGCCGACGCCACACGAUGUGAGAUGCGGAUGCGACGACUGCGUGAUUUCGAGCGAGCAGGACUCGCUGAGGCACUCGCAGGCGCGAAUUAACGCGUACAAAGCCCUAACGAGUCCCUCGCUGAUUGCCUUGUCGUCGAGGGACCCAUUGUUGACCGCAUUUGAGUUGUCCAAUGAGCUGGCCCGUCUCAGAAAGAUGGAAAACGAAUUCAGAGAGGAAUACAAUGAGAUGCGGGAAAAUGUUCAAGCCUUUGCAGCAUCAUUACUGGAUCACUCACGCACUUCUCGCGAACUGGACAUAAUCCUAAAUCACAAUCCCGACGGUGAGGCUUGGGAACCUGGCGAGAGACGUUCGCUGGAGCGGCUCAAAUUGGCCAUCAAGUACAGCCAGAAGAGCUUCGUGGCCCAUCCAAACGUGCAGCAGCUACUGGGCGCAAUUUGGUACGACGGCCUGCCCGGCUUUCGUCGCAAGAGCAUGUUGGGCCAACUGAUCCAAGUGGCACAGCUGGGUGCCAUGUUUCCUGUCUACAGCGGCAUAUACAUGAUGGCCCCGAACUCGGUAAAGGGGCAAUUCCUGACAAAACCAUUUGUCAAGUUCAUCUGCCACUCAUCGUCGUACGCCUUCUUCCUGACGCUUCUCUGCGCCGCUUCCCAAAGGAUCGAGUUCCUGCUGAUGGAGUGGUUCGGCAAUGAUUGGAUGCAAUCAAUCCUUGCUGAGUGGAAGCGAAAAGAGCGCGGCUCCCUGCCCGGCUUAGUCGAGACUGGAUGCAUGCUCUACGUCAUGGGAAAUGUUUUCGCAGAGAUGCGUUCGUUAUGGUGCGACGGACUGCUAGAUUACAUCACGGAUUUGUGGAACUUUGUCGAUCUCUUCAGCAAUACUUUCUACAUUACGUGGAUUGGUCUCAGAUUUACUGCCGUUUACGUUACUUGGAGGGAAUAUUGGAACGGCUGGGAUCCGUGGUAUCCGCGUGAAGAUUGGCACCCUUUUGACCCGAUGCUUCUCUCCGAGGGAAUGUUUUCUGCAGCCAUGAUAUUCAGGCAAAAACUUCCAUUGACCGAUAAAAUCAUAAAAUUAAAUAAAAUCUCACGUGUGUUUAGCUUCCUAAAACUAGUGCACAUCUUUAGCGUGAACCCCCAUUUAGGGCCGCUGCAAAUCUCGCUGGGCAGAAUGGUUAUCGACAUCAUAAAGUUUUUCUUUAUCUACAUGCUGGUGCUGUUCGCGUUUGGAUGCGGCAUGAAUCAGCUGCUGUGGUACUACUCUGACCUGGAUAGGCAACGUUGUUAUGCAAAGGACCCGGAAGUGUCCGACUGGGAAAAUGAAGACAAAGCGUGCAGCACGUGGAGAAGAUUUGCAAACAUGUUUGAAACGUCGCAAACGCUCUUCUGGGCUGGCUUUGGUUUGGUUGAUCUGAUAACCUUUGAGCUGACAGGAAUGAAAAGUUUCACACGCUUCUGGUCCCUUUUGAUGUUUGGUUCCUACUCAGUGAUAAACAUUAUUGUCCUUCUCAACAUGCUCAUCGCUAUGAUGUCCAAUUCCUUCCAAAUUAUAUCAGAACGAUCUGAUGUGGAGUGGAAAUUUGCCAGGAGCAGACUUUGGAUGAGCUACUUUGAGGACGGCGACAUUCUACCUCCGCCCUUCAACAUCGUGCCCAGCAUGGGCCUCCUAAAAGACAUUUUUGGCAUUGGAGCAGCAAUUAAAUCCCGAUCCAUUAAGGUAAGUAACAUAGAUAAAUAUUUUUCAACGUGCUUUAACGUGACCGACAACUCCGCUCAGCGCAAAUCGAAGGAAAAGGCGCAAGAAAGGCACGACACUGUGGUACAAUUGCUGGUGAAACGCUACGUCGUGGCGGAGCAGCAGAAGCGAGAUGAAUUCGGUAUCACGGAGGACGACGUGAUGGAAAUCCGGCAGGAUAUUUCUACCCUGCGAUAUGAGCUGGUCGAUAUUUUACGCACCAACGGCAUGAAUACGCCGCAAUUGGAUCCCAACGACAGCUCGGUGGCCGGCAAGAAGGGCAAGCAAAAAGAGCGGCGGCUGAUGAAAGACUUCCAGAUAGGUUUUGUGGAGGGAGUGAUUAAUGAGGCGCUCACGGCUGAAAAGGCUCCAAAGGACGUGUUUAGCAAAAUCGCUAAAGCGAUAGGUGGCAAGCGGGAAACAACAAAGAGAACCUCGUCCAGCAAGAAAGACAAUGACUGGAACUCCAAAGUGCGCCAGAGCGUGAUGAGGAGGAACCCAAUCGGAAGCUCGGCCGAGUUGCAAGAUCGGUUCAACUCAAAACACAGUUUGAGACGCUAUAUUUUGGAGCAUGGUCAAGAAUCUUAUAACCAAAUGGAUGCCGGAAAAUUGGCUGAGUUGAACCCAGUACUGGAAACAGUGACUCCCGCAACCAGGGUUGCCUAUGCCAAGUUCAAAAUGCGCAAGAUUAAAUUCGAAGAGAGAGCAACGUUGCCUCAAGUAGGAGAGGGGGAUGAGAAAGUUGCAAGCAAGGUGAGUGCUCCAAAGCCUUCAAUUAAAAAAGCUGCAGGAUCGUCUAUUAAGAAGGAGGACGGUGCAUCAAAAACAAAACCCACGGAUGACAGCAGCAAACCGGCUGAACCAGUAAAAGCAGAAGUUAAAGUAGAGAGUGAAACCAAGCCUCCAGCCCAAAAAUCAAUCAAAGAAAAGCCAGCGCCAAGUGCACCUGUGAAGGCUGCGCCUAAAGAAAAAUCACCAGUGAAAGAAACGCCAAAAGCGACUGCUCCAAAGCCAGCUGAGACGACAAAGCUUGAAACAAAACCGGAACCCAUUCCAUCAGGUAAAUCUACUGUUUCGGGGAAAGUACUGGAUGGAUGGUUAUGAGUUUUACCAAUUAUAUUGUCUAAAAUACUUUGCAGUUAUAUUAUGCUUAAUCUAAAAGGUAGGAUUCAAAUGUAAUUGAUUGAUUAUCAUGACAUUAAUAAAAAUAAGAUUCUCGAUUACAAAA